UUUGCCCCCCUAAACAGAGAGAGAAAGAGAGAUCCAUUCUCCAUCCCCACACAAAAGGUGGUGGAAAAAAAGUUCUUUUUGUACACACUGCGAUAAUGGUGAUGAUGAUGCCUGCAAUCUCCAACAGCAACACCAACACUAACUCAAACAACAGCAUUUUCAUUUCCUCUCUCUCUUCCUCUUCUCUUCUCUUCAUAGUUCUCCCAAUCUCUUCUUUUCUCUCAGGCUCUUAGUUUGUUUUUUCCUUCUUUACUAUAACCAUGACCAAUCUCUGCUCACCUCCCUAUCAUAUCCCAUGCAAUUAUAGUGACAAACCAUGUUAGACGGAUAGAGCCACAACUCAAAAAGAAACUUGAUAUGGAUAACAAGUGUGGGUGUUGGGCUCUUCUAAAACGGAGUGUUAUAGGUUCCUGUAAACCCUCUGCCUCUAGAGACUCUGCUAAGACUAUCCCUCGCACUAGUCUGGUUUAUGAUGCAGCUACUGAGACACGAUACCUAAAUGCUAGCAAUCGAGAGUUAUGCCCUCCAAAUGAAGCACAAUUAUCUUCUGAUAAUCCUGAUACACCACCAACUGAUAACAAAUCUCCAUGCCAGUUACUCCAAUUCACCUUUCAAGAACUAAAAUCAGCAACAGGUAAUUUUAGGCCUGAUAGCAUUCUUGGAGAGGGUGGAUUUGGAUAUGUCUUCAAAGGAUGGAUAGAGGAGAACGGGACAGCACCAGCAAAACCAGGGUCAGGAAUCACUGUUGCGGUAAAGAGUUUAAAGCCUGAUGGUCUUCAAGGCCAUAGAGAAUGGGUGGCUGAAGUUGAUUUUCUUGGACAGCUUCACCAUUCCAAUCUUGUUAAGCUUAUUGGGUACUGCAUUGAGGAUGAUCAGCGUCUGCUUGUUUAUGAAUUUAUGACUCGAGGAAGUCUUGAAAAUCAUCUUUUUAGAAGGACAAUACCUCUUCCAUGGUGCAGCAGGAUUAAGAUUGCACUUGGAGCAGCAAAAGGAUUGGCGUUUCUUCAUGGUGGUCCAAAACCAGUAAUUUACAGGGAUUUUAAGACAUCAAACAUCUUACUUGAUUCAGAAUAUAAUGCAAAGCUUUCAGAUUUUGGUCUAGCAAAAGCUGGUCCCCAAGGUGACAAAACUCAUGUUUCUACCAGGGUGGUUGGAACAUACGGCUAUGCUGCUCCAGAAUAUGUGAUGACAGGACACUUGACAUCUAAGAGUGAUGUUUACAGCUUCGGAGUCGUGUUGCUUGAGAUUUUGACGGGCAGAAGAUCAAUGGACAAGAAGCGCCCUACUGGUGAACAGAAUCUUGUUGCAUGGGCUCGGCCUUAUUUAGCUGACAAGCGAAAGCUGUACCAGCUCGUGGAUCCCCGAUUGGAGCUGAAUUUCUCCCUUAAAGGGGUCCAGAAAGUUUCUCAAUUAGCUUACAACUGCCUGAGUAGGGACCCUAAGUCCCGCCCUACAAUGGAUGAAGUUGUGAAGGUUCUUACUCCAUUGCAAGAUCUAAAUGAUCUUGCCAUCUUAUCUUACCAUUCUCGUUUGUCUCAACAAGCAAGGCGCAAGAAGAAAUCCGAAGGAACUCAACAGCACACAAAUGCCUCAUCUAAAAGCAUCAGAAAUUCUCCCUUGAAUACUGGAAAGCAGCGAUGUAGAUGAUGGACAAUCAACUCAGUCUCCUUGAUUGACUCAAACUAUGAAACAAAACAAAGGUUGGCAUGUCCACCUUUGCUUAUUGGUUAUGUGAAGAGAUUAUAUUUCAAGCUUGUGGUAGAACUUUUGGUUGUUUUAAGAUUUUGCUUGAGCCAGAAAGAUAUCAGAAGAGGAAAGGCAAACCAGUUUCUAUGAAACCUUACACUAGAAAGCUAACCAUCUAUUUGUACCUUCCUUGAGAUUUGCCUGUGUUGUAAUUGAGAUAUAUCUUGUAAUUAGAUAAAAAAAAAAAAAAAAACUUCCAUUUCUAA